GAAUGCUCUCCAUAUGCAGCUCACUUGUACGAUGCCGAGGAUCCCUCCACCCCAGUGCGGACAAUACCAGGGCUUUGCCAAGACUAUUGCCAGCAAGUGUGGCAGAACUGCCGCUCCAUUUUUCGCUAUCUCUCUGCAGACCAAGAGUUAAUUGCACUGGAGAACAACAUGGCAAAAUUCUGCCACUACCUGUCUUUGGAGGACACAGACUACUGUUUUCCACAUCUGCUGGCUAACCAGAACCUUAACCAAAACCUGGGGUUCGUGACCGCCGACGCGGAGGGCUGUCUCCAGCUCUGCCUCAUGGAGGUUGCCAACGGGCUGCGCAAUCCUGUUGCGAUGGUGCAUGCCAACGAUGGCACCCACAGGUUCUUCAUUGCGGAGCAGGUUGGCCUGGUGUGGACCUACCUCCCCGAUCGAUCCAGGCUCGAAAAGCCGUUUCUGAACAUCAGCGAAGCCGUACUUACCUCACCUUGGGAAGGAGACGAGAGAGGUUUUCUAGGUAUUGUCUUCCAUCCUAAAUUCAAAUUUAAUGGUAAAGUGUAUGUCUACUAUUCAGUUGAAGUUCGUUAUGAAGAGAGAAUCCGAAUCAGUGAGUUCAGAAUUUCUCCUGCUGACAUGAAUGCUUUGGACCAUAGUUCUGAAAGGAUAAUCCUGGAAAUAGAAGAACCCGCUUCCAACCAUAAUGGAGGAGAGCUGCUCUUUGGAGAUGAUGGGUAUCUCUAUAUAUUUACUGGAGACGGAGGCAUGGCUGGGGAUCCUUUUGGGACCUUUGGAAAUGCCCAGAACAAAUCAACCCUGCUGGGCAAAGUGCUGCGGAUCGAUGUGAACAACAAUGACCGUGGGCCUCUGUACCGAAUCCCUCCCGACAACCCUUUUCUUGACGAUCCCAAGGCUCGCCCUGAAAUCUAUGCGUACGGAGUGAGAAAUAUGUGGCGCUGCUCUUUCGAUAGGGGCGACCCUCGCACCAAGGAAGGGAAAGGGCGGCUCUUCUGCGGAGAUGUGGGGCAGAAUAAAUACGAAGAAAUCGACAUUGUUGAGAAAGGGAAAAAUUACGGCUGGAGGGCGAGGGAAGGGUUCAGCUGUUACGAUAAAAAACUUUGCAUCAAUUCUUCGAUGGAUGAUGUGCUUCCAAUUUACGCGUAUCCACACAAAAUGGGGAAAUCUGUUACAGGAGGCUAUGUCUAUCGAGGUUGCGAGUCUCCGAACUUGAAUGGCCUGUACAUAUUUGGUGAUUUUAUGAGUGGGCGCCUGAUGUCUUUGAAGGAGGAUCACACUACUGGAGAGUGGCAGUACAGUGAAAUCUGCAUGGGGACGGGACAAACAUGCAUGUUCCCUGGGCUUAUAAAUAACUAUUACCAAUAUAUCAUCUCCUUUGCUGAAGACGAAGCAGGGGAACUUUACUUCAUGUCUACCGGCGUACCAAGCGCCACGGCUGCCCAUGGAGUGGUGUACAAAGUGGUGGACACCUCUAGGAGAGCACCGCCAGGAAAAUGCCAAGUUGAGCCAUCGCCAGUGAAAGUAAAAAGCAAGCUCAUCCGGUUUGUGCCAAAGGAAAGAUUUUUAAGUGCUUUGCCAGAUCAGGCUCUGGCAACUGAAGUGUGCACAGAGCUCAUUGUGAAAACACCAACGCCACGUCCCCGCCUGAAGGCCACGGCCGAGGUCCCACCGGGAGGCAAGCCAGACCCUGCCACUCCCCACACACCGGCUCAGAGCCGUGGCCGGAGCCGGGGCCGGGGGGAGGUUUACAUGGCCCCCAAGCCCCGGAAGGGAGGAGAGAGGAGGAGGCAGCGCAGGAAGAAGAAACCCUCCGGCACGGCCCCGCCACUGCGGAAUGGCGCCGUGCGGCUGAUGGAGCAGCAGAGCCGUGGCCGGAGCCGGGGCCGGGGGGAGGUUUACAUCGAUGGCGAGUGGGGCACGGUGUGUGACGAUGGCUGGAACUCAGCCGCUGCCGCUGUGGUGUGCCGCCAGCUGGGCUUCCCCUACGUGGUGCGGGCCACCAAGAAGGCAGAAUCUGGAGAAGGGACCUCCCUUCGCAUUCUCCUGGAUGAUGUCCAGUGCUCCGGGCAGGAGAAGACACUGCUGGAGUGCGCCCACGCUGACAUUGGCACGCACAACUGCUCCCAUGAGGAGGAUGCCGGUGUGGUGUGCAGCCAGGAGGAGGUGGCGGACUGGUGA